CCCGGGGCAAUCCGGUAAAUUGUAAUCACAAGAUUGCACGAAAGAAAAGAACGGGGGGAAAAGAAAAACCGACACUCGUCACAGGAGUAGAGUGGAAAUCAGCGGCCAUGGCAGCAGAAACGGCGAAACUUCCACCCCACCUUCCCCUCCUGCUGCGUAUAUAUACUCGCCCCGGCUCCCACCUCGCUCCAGUCUAGACGGCGGUUUGACUUUCUGACCGGGGAAUCGGAGCUGCGUUUGAUUUGAUUUGAGGAGAGGAGACGCAGACGAGACGGGAGGGAUCUUCGCUGGGGAAUUCGGAGGAGCGUUUGCCCGAUUCGUCGCGGUUCUCGGAGGAAGGGAGGGUGCACAUCGGGCUCCGAUCGAAGAGCUUUGUUAACAUCGGAGGUUAAAAGGUAGCACUGUAGCGCAAUGAAGGCACCAUCACUGCUGGUUCAGUGUUUCCCUGGCUUGCUUCCCAGCAAGGCCACUAGUUGCGUGCCAAUUAUAUCUGAGAAGGAUCUGCAGCUACCAUCACCAGCUGUUGAAAUAAUCCCCUCAAAGAGUGCUCAUCCAUACAAAUAUGCUGGAGAGAAGGUUGAUGUGCAAGGUCUUGAUAUUUUCAAGGGUAAAGUCAGUGUAGCGGAUAUGAUAGCCUUCUCACCGUCUGAAGUAGCAUCAUCAAAAUAUGAUGGAACUCUGAAAUACUGGGAGAGUUCCAUUACUCUUGUCAACAUUCUUAAAAAUGAGAUCCGUGAUGGGCAGUUGAGCUUCAGGGGAAAGCGGGUUCUAGAGCUUGGAUGUGGAUCUGGCCUCUCCGGGAUUUUUGCCUGCUUGAAGGGUGCAUCCACAGUUCACUUUCAGGACAUAAAUGCAGAAACCAUACGAUGCAGAACAAUACCCAAUGUUCUUGCAAAUCUUGAGCAGGCUCGGGACAGACAGAAUAGACCAUCCGAGAGCCCUGUUACGCCAUCUAGGCAGCUCUUGGCUCCAAAUGUACAUUUCUAUGCUGGAGAGUGGGAUGAACUCCCAACAAUUCUCUCAGUCGUGCAGCCACCCGCGGCACCAACAAACCUCAGCUUCUCUGAGGAUGAUUUUAUGGAUGUCUGCAGUAGUCAUGAUGGAAGCAGUAUAGUUGGUCAUGACUACUGCCCCAGAAGAUCUAGGAAGCUUUCUGGUAGCCGUGCAUGGGAGAGGGCUAAUGAGACUGACCAAGCAGACGGUGGCUAUGAUGUAAUUUUGAUUUCUGAUGUCCCCUACGCAGUUAACUCUCUGAAGAAGCUCUAUGCACUUAUUUCAAAGUGCCUACGUCCUCCUUAUGGAGUCCUGUACGUGGCUUCCAAGAAGAACUUGGUUGGUUCCAAUGGUGGCGCCAGGCAGCUUCGAGCUCUGAUGGAAGAGGAAGGUGUCCUUGGUGGUCACUUCUUGACUGAGGUUUGUGACAGGGAGAUAUGGAAGUUCUUUUUCAAGUGAGCAAAUCCAGGAAGUGGAAAGACAAGGAAAUGAGUCCUGACGUUGAAACCCAGUUUUUCGGUUUCUAUCUGCAGCGAUGUACAUACCGUGAGGCAUAGUUCCAUUAAUUCUUUGGUAGUAGGUUGAAACUUCAAGAAAUAUCUGUAGUUGAGCUUGCACAAGUGUUGGAAUCCUUUACCGUUUUGUAGAUCUGAUAUGCGCUAAUGUCGUUCUGUUAAGUACAGAAAGCAAAUUGUAGUAACCUUUUAUAUAUCGAAUAUAUGGUGAUGGCAAUUCAGCCGGUGCAUGGUAUAUGAAAGAACUCACCAACUUUUACGCGCC